AUAGACAGCCAUGACUUCGUGUUCAGGAUGAACAAGGCGCCCACUGUGGGGUUUGAGGCCGAUGUCGGGAGCAAGACCACCCAUCACCUCAUGUACCCCGAGAGCUUCAGGGAGCUGGGGGAGAACGUCAGAAUGGUCCUGGUCCCCUUCAAGACCAUCGACCUGGAGUGGGUGGUGAGCGCCACCACCACAGGCACCAUCUCCCACACCUACAUCCCCGUUCCCCCGAAGAUCAAGGUGAAACAGGAUAAGAUCCUGAUCUACCACCCGGCCUUCAUCAAGUACGUCUUCGACAGCUGGCUGCAGGGCCACGGGCGCUACCCGUCCACCGGCAUCCUCUCGGUCAUCUUCUCCAUGCACGUCUGUGAUGAGGUGGACCUGUAUGGUUUUGGGGCAGACAGCAAAGGGAAUUGGCACCACUACUGGGAGAACAACCCAUCAGCAGGGGCUUUUCGCAAGACGGGGGUGCAUGAUGCGGACUUCGAGUCCAACGUGACGGCCACCUUGGCUUCCAUCAACAAAAUCCGGAUCUUCACAGGGAGAUGAUGCUGUGAAGAGUCGAGGAUGGACGCACCGGAUGGCGCCUCUCCAUUUCCAGCUCCAACAUCUCGCCGGGGUCGUCCGUUCUGAGAGCCUUGAGGUCCAGCCUUGGGGCUGUGCCCAGGUGCCACACACAGCCUCUCGCGCCCAUCCUCCAGCAGCAUCUACGCAGCAAGGUCAUGGGACUCUGCUGGGCUGCAGAGCGGGUUUCAGAACCUGCCUCGGUUGGAGAGAACUUUCCUCCACUGCUGUCCCAAGCUGGGGAGAUGCUGGGAAAGGUCCAGUCUCCAAACACGAAACAGUCUGGCCUCUGUGGCAGGGGUGGGGGUACAAACACUAAAGACUCCCAUAUUCUGAAAGUCAGGACAAUUUCCUGGGGGAGAUGGGCAGAGAGACGUGCCACACAAGGGCUGCAGGUUUGACUCUUAACCUCCGAUUCUCACUGGGAUGUUUCCGAGUGACAGUUACCUCCAGGAUAGAGUCACAUUGGGCUGCAUUGGCACUCAGGGCGAGAUGCUGUCCUUUGCACAAAGCCUGGCCUCUCGCUUGGUGUGACAACCCCAUCAUUCCUUUCUUCCCAAAGCUCAUUUAUGAUAGGCUGCCCACCCCAAAGAUCUUCAUAGAAACAUGGCAACGUGUUUCUGACUCCCGAAGAUCCUUCUUUCCAAGUCGAUGUUCCCUGGAGUGAUCAAUCUCUGUGGUUAUGAUUAUGGCUGAGUGCAGAUCUGAUUAAUUCCACGUGCCUUUGGGGAAGAAAUGCAUGUGUUGGCUGAAAUGAGGCAAAAGCCCCAACUCGGGAAAGCCGGUCCCCACCAGCAGCCCCCGCUCCUCUGUAGCUGAGAACAUCUUUUCUAGAGUCCUGAGCCAGGGCCUGAUUUGGAACAAUGCUCAGGUGAUACUCAAGGCCACCCAGAGGCACAUCAGCCAUGGAACGUCCACUGACACUUCCACAGACUGUUGGAUUUGGUGCCCAUAACCCUCCAAGACCACACAAGGGACCUCCAGCAGCCAGCACUUUCCCCAAGGACCCAAGUCUCUGCUGGCCACCUUUGUGGCAUCCUGGGGGUUGGGGUAGGGGCAUCCAAGGAACAACGGUGACUGGCACAUACCUCAUCUUCUCACUCCCCAUCUACUCUCUUUUUCCCUCUUUAGUCUUCCUGAUUAUUUAUUGAUUUUUUAAAAAUUCAACCAACAUUGUGUGCACUCUGGG